UUUUAUUUAAAAAAAUUGCAUAUAAUAAAAAGUCGCACUAUAUUCUUCUUAGCGUCAAGAAGCAGCAGCGGCGGAGGCUGAACCAGAAGAAAUUAGGGGAGAAAAAAUCUGAUUCUUGCGCGAUGGCUUCGAAACGGAUCUUGAAGGAGCUUAAGGAUUUGCAAAAAGAUCCCCCGACUUCCUGCAGCGCAGGACCUGUUGGUGAAGACAUGUUUCACUGGCAAGCCACCAUAAUGGGUCCACAAGAUAGUCCUUAUGCAGGAGGGGUGUUUUUGGUCACCAUUCAUUUCCCUCCUGAUUACCCAUUCAAACCUCCAAAGGUAGCAUUCAGAACAAAAGUUUUUCACCCCAAUAUUAACAGCAAUGGGAGCAUUUGCCUUGAUAUCUUGAAAGAACAGUGGAGCCCCGCCUUGACAAUUUCCAAGGUGCUGCUCUCAAUCUGCUCACUUUUGACGGACCCCAACCCCGACGAUCCCCUGGUGCCUGAAAUCGCACACAUGUACAAGACAGACAGGUCUAAGUACGAGCAGACUGCUAGGAGCUGGACCCAGAAGUACGCCAUGGGAUAGUAUGGCAUGCUUCCCCGAUGGCUUAGAUUCGCAUUUAUGUACAAAUUAUAUCGUUCUUGGCCAUGUUCUCGGUUCUGACCCUUGUAAGAAGAGCUUGGAACUUGCAAGCAAUGAUGGUUUGAAUUGUUCGUAUGGAAUCUCUAUUCAAGAAUGACUGGAUCUUGUUUUUUGGCUGAAACUGGAUUUGGUUUAUUGAUCUUGUUUGAUCAAUAUACUAUUUAUCUACUAUAAUACUAUAUCUUUGUGAACCUCA